GGUAAACGUGCUCUCCCGAACCAGGCGGGACAGCUAGGCGGAGACCGCCCGACAGACGACCGCGCCGGGUCAGGCCACCCGCCCUCCCGGCGGCUGCAGCGCGGACACAUUCAACCGACAGCGCUGCUGGCAGGAAGCGCCCGGCCAUGUUCAGCCGGAGCUCGAGGAAAAGACUGUCCCGCCGCUCGGUGAGUGUCCUCCACCCGAGCGGAGCCGCCCGCCCGGUCCCCACCGCCAGCAGCCAGCGCCCGGGCCCUGCCCCUCUCCGCCCCGCGGCCGCGCACCUGUGGCCCCAGUUGACCGGACUGGGCCGGAUUGAGAGAGGCCAGCCAUGUAACGCCUGUGGUGACCAGUGUCCUGGGUUCGCUUUGCAUAAAUGGAGGAAGAUCUGCCUGCACUGCAAGUGUCCCCAGGAGGAGCACAUGGUGACAGUGAUGCCGCUGGAGAUGGAGAAGACCAUUAGCAAGCUCAUGUUUGACUUCCAGAGGAAUUCAACCUCAGAUGACGACUCGGGCUGUGCUUUGGAAGAAUAUGCCUGGGUCCCCCCGGGGCUGAAGCCUGAGCAGGUGCACCAGUAUUAUAGCUGCCUCCCAGAAGAGAAAGUUCCCUAUGUCAACAGCCCUGGAGAGAAAUUGCGAAUCAAGCAGCUACUGCACCAGCUGCCACCCCACGACAAUGAGGUUCGGUAUUGCAACUCCCUGGACGAGGAGGAGAAGCGGGAGCUGAAGCUGUUCAGCAACCAGAGGAAACGUGAGAACCUGGGCCGAGGCAAUGUCAGGCCCUUCCCCGUCACCAUGACAGGGGCUAUUUGCGAACAGUGUGGAGGUCAGAUUAAGGGCGGCGACAUCGCUGUGUUUGCAUCACGUGCUGGCCAUGGCAUCUGCUGGCAUCCACCAUGCUUUAUAUGCACAGUCUGCAAUGAGCUUCUGGUUGACCUGAUCUACUUUUACCAAGAUGGGAAGAUCUACUGUGGCAGGCACCAUGCUGAGUGCCUGAAGCCGCGCUGUGCAGCCUGUGAUGAGAUCAUCUUUGCAGAUGAGUGCACAGAGGCUGAAGGACGACAUUGGCACAUGAGACACUUCUGCUGCUUCGAGUGUGAGACGGUGCUGGGGGGCCAGCGCUACAUCAUGAAGGAGGGAAGACCCUACUGCUGUCACUGCUUUGAGUCCCUGUAUGCAGAAUAUUGUGACACCUGUGCCCAACAUAUAGGAAUUGACCAAGGUCAAAUGACCUAUGACGGCCAACACUGGCAUGCUACGGAGAACUGUUUCUGCUGUGCUCAUUGUAAGAAGUCUCUCCUGGGGCGGCCAUUCCUCCCGAAGCAAGGCCAGAUAUUCUGCUCACGGGCCUGUAGUGCUGGGGAGGACCCCAAUGGCUCUGACUCAUCUGAUUCAGCCUUCCAGAAUGCCAGAGCCAAGGAGUCUCGCCGCAGUGCCAAAAUUGGCAAGAACAAGGGCAAAACAGAGGAAACCAUGCUGAACCAGCACAGCCAGCUGCAGGUGAGUUCUAACCGGCUCUCAGCUGAUGUGGACCCCCUGUCAGUGCAGAUGGAUCUCCUCAGCCUGUCCAGCCAGACGCCCAGCCUCAACCGGGACCCCAUUUGGAGGAGCCGGGAUGAGCCCUUCCAUUACGGGAACAAGAUGGAGCAGAACCAAUCCCAGAGUCCUUUGCAGCUCCUCAGCCAGUGCAACAUCAGAACGUCCUACAGUCCAGGAGGGCAGGCAGCAGGAGCCCAGCCUGACAUGUGGGCCAAGCACUUCAGCAACCCCAAGAGAAGCUCAUCAAUGGCCCUGAAGGGGCACGGUGGCAGUUUUAUCCAGGAAUGUCGUGAGGACUAUUACCCAGGGAGGCUGAUGUCCCAGGAGAGCUACAGCGAUAUGUCUAGCCAAAGCUUUAGUGAAACCCGAGGCAGCAUCCCGGUUCCCAAGUAUGAGGAGGAGGAGGAGGAGGAGGAGGAAGAAGGUGGCAUAUCUACCCAGCAGUGCCGGCCCCGGCGUCCACUCAGCUCCCUGAAAUACACAGAGGACAUGACACCCACAGAACAGACUCCUCGUGGCUCUAUGGAAUCACUGGCCCUGUCAAAUGCAACAGGGCUGGGGCAGCACAUCCUGGACAAGGUGUCUUGGAGGACACUCUAAACAUGUUUGGGUCUGAAGUAUGUCAACCCUACCUCCAAAUACAGCCCUCUCAGUGAACUUAAACAGCACAGGACGGUUUGCUGACAUAGUGAUGGGGGACAGCUUGGUCAUUCAUGUCUGGCUUUGUGAAUCCUGACAUUAGACAUUGUCAUAGCAGCAGCAGGUAGACCCUGCCUUCAGAAGUGUCUCUGCCAGCACAGAUGUUCCAGGUCUGUUUUGCAUCAGCAGCAAUUAUGGGUGUGCGUCAGGCAAAUGUGUGCUCAUGCUCCUGUUAAAUCUAUCAUAGGUGGUCUUAGUCCAGGCUAACCCCUUCUACAGCUUGAGUGCUGCUUUUCUCUUCCUCCACCACCUCGCUGUUAGCAGACUGUGAGCUCUUCUCCCUAUGGUAACAGACCUAUUGCUGUGAAAAGGAGAAAAACAAACUUUUAUAAUCCUCUAAGCCACGAGAAUCAUCUCCCCCAACCCCCAUACUCUUUCCAGUUUAAUCCCUGCCUACUGCCUGAAGAGGAACUCCACUAGAAAGAGAGGAAUAUGAGGGCACAACUUGCUGUCCUAGCUCUCGGGAGGCUGAAACAGGAAGAUUAUGUUUGAGGCUAUCCUGGGCUAUAUGAUGAGCCUGUUUCAAUUUAAAAGAAGGAAGAGGAGGAGCAUGUGGAUGCUAAGAAGAGAACCCUCUACAAGAACCUAUCCCAUCUGAGGCUGUUUGAUUUAGGGAGCUAAAAUCAUAAACUAAGACCAUGAGAGAAAAUAAAUUGUGCAGAGCGGUGGUCUAGAGGAGCUUACCAAGCAGAGAGAGUAGUGACAGAGGGUACCACAGGCUGAUCACUGAGGUCUCAGGAAGAGCAUGAGCAUCUCCAGGAUGGCUAUUUGGUUCCAUCAUGCCUUGGAGGCAGCUAGUUACCGCAGCCUUCUUCUGCCUUAGCCCAAGACUUGAAUGAACCUGGUUGCUCAGCCUGGGUCACUCCGCUUAGACUCGGAUUGCUCUUUUAAAAAGAAAGAAUAACAGUAUCUACUACUCUUGAAUUCAAAUGAGGUUAGAAGUGGAAACUUGUGGUGAGCAUUUAGGAGGCGGAGACCUCCUAGAGAGCUUUGUAGCCAGCCCACAUCCUGUUCACUCUUUGCUCCAUGAGUGUGGAUACCAGCCUCCUGCCCCUGCCACCAUGUCCUUCCUUGCCAGCUGCUAUGUCUUCCCCACCAUGAUGGACUGUAUCUUACUGAAGCUGUGAGGCAAAAUACACUGUUCCUCCCUUAAAUUCAUCUGUGUUUUGUCAUAAUAAUAACAAGGUAACUAAAAGAACAGGAAUUACACAGGGUCUUUUGGUUUAGUUUGGGGUUUUGUCUGUUUGCUUGUUUUUGGUUUUGUUUUUUUGUUUUUGGGUUUUGAGGGUUUUUUUUGGCUUUUGGUUUUCUUCUUCUAUUCCAACCGCUUAAGCAAUGACACACAGUGGGCAUUUAAUGAAAUUAUCCCUUUUUGGCAUUCAUAAAUGAUUUGGUAAAUGAAUAGUCUCUCUUUUACAGAGACAUGAAGGGGCUUAGAGAGGCUAAGGAAUAUGCCCACGAUCACAUGACUAAAAGGAGGAGGAGGCCUUAGCAGCUACAGUAAACUUCAUCGAGCACUGUUUCACCAAUGGCAAUGACCUCACACGGCUCUGCAAACUAGUUGCAGAGAGACAUUAGAGUUCAGAGUGAUAAGGUUGAAGUCCAGGUGGAGUUAGAAUGGUUGAGAUCCCUACAAGAUCUGAAACCACCUGGCAUCUCAUACCUCCCUAAGAAUCCAGAUAUGUACAGUAGUUAAAACAAAUAAAAACUCUAACUAGCAUCCCUCAAGACUCAGAGAAUGAAUAAGUAGGAAGGGGUGUUUACUUCUGCCAAACCUUGCUUACAGCUCUCUUGGAAGUGACAGACCUGGUCCCAAACAAAUAUGCUUGUCCUCUAUUCAAAGUCAACACCAGAAAAAGACCUUCCCGUUCUCUUAGAAGGUAGGUCAAAGUGAAAGAGAUAGGCCUCCAACUGUUUCACAUACAAUUUUAUUAUUUUCCCUAAUAACAAAAAUAUUGUUUAUAAAUAAAUAUUUUAUAAAUUGAAAUGUUCCCAUAAUCUCCCUCCCCGACCUACUAUUCUGUUGGCACUUGUUUCUAGGCAUUUGCUGACAGAUACAUAGCUAGAAACAAUAAAAAGCUCUUAACAUUUUAUAAUCUGUGGGUUUCUUCUAAGUAGUCUAGACUUUGUUUAUCUUUGUUCGCUCUAAGACAUCUGAAGCUGUUAGGUAUUUCAUUUGCCCUAGCUCUUUUCUUUAAAUUUUAUUUAUUUUUACUUUAUGGAUAUGAAUGUUUUGUUUGCUGUAUGUCUUUGUACAAUGUGCAUGCUGUAUGCAAAAAUUACAGAAGAGAAUAACAGAUCCCCUGGACCUGGAGUCAUAGAAGGUUGUUAGCCACAACAUGUGGAUGCUAAGAAGAGAACCCAGGUCCUCUACAAGAACCCAUCCCAUAUUGCUGGACUUUUAGAUCCUACCUCAUCCUAGGUUUUACUGCCUCAGUUUGUGUUGAAAUAUUCUUCUGACUUGUAUUUGCAUGCUAACAAAUAUAUGUCCUUGUUAUAAAUCCCUAGGAAUGGGACUGCUGAGCUAAGACAUGUGUGUGUUAUAAGUUCAUAUGAAUAUAGUAACCAAGCCAGCCUUCUAGCUACCAUAUCAGUUGCUCAUCAUUGAAGAAGUAGGAGCUCAAAGUUGGAUGCUACAUGGAACCUACUUUAGGAUAGGAGCUGCAUUGGCAUAGUGGACUAGUCUUUUCAGACUCUAUGUGCUCGGCAGAGAAGAGCUCAGACAGCCCAUGCUGGAGGCAGAUCAACUCCUCUCUCUGCCAGAUCUCUAAAACCCUAGUCGGGCACCAGCCAUCUGAAUGGUUUCCAGGGAACUGGUUUGCCAUCUACUCCGCUGAGUCCAUUCUUGGUAGGUUGGUGCAGGGACCACAUUUAGUUACAGGAGCAGGGAAAUUAAGUCAUCAGUCCUCACCAGCCAGGAUCUGGCAGGAGAGGUGGCACAAAUUGUCCUGGAAAUCCUCUCUCCGACAGCAGCCCUUGGGUUUGCCAGUCCUACCUUGCUUGGUGCCAGAAAGGCCAAGUGACCUAACAGGCACUGUUCCCAGCUCUGAAACCUGUGGUUGCCCACAAGUACAGAACCUAGUUCAGAUACCCUGGAUAUCUUUCCAUACCUAAAGUAUAUGGAAGUUGUAGUUCGAGUGGUUAAAGGGCAUAGGAGUCAACUGGAGAACUUAUGGAAGCUACACAUACUUGAGUGACACUCCUGACUGUAGAUUUGGGACCAGACCCUGGAACCCAUAUGAUUUGCACCCCUGUGCUGCUGACGCUAACCAUUGGACUAUACAUUUACACACUGGAGGAGCAAAGGGUAGGUAUUACACCCACAUGAGAUGCAGUGAUGGGUUUGAAUUGACGAAAAACAAUAAACUUUUCUCAUCCUUUCUCCCCUCCGUUUACAAACAACUUACUCAAACAUCUCCCAGCUAUCUAGACACCUCCUAAAUGUUUUUGUGUCUUCCCUCCCUGGUGACUACCAUACUCACCUUUCCUGUGAAGACAGACUCUGCCAACUGCCUUUUGCUGGGGUCAUGUGCCUUACAAAGCUCCUUCAGUAGGAAUCCACACGGGCCGAAGGAGGGUACGGCCCCCAGCCUAGACACACCAUCUAAUAGAAAUCCCUUGCUAUCAGAGAGGAGAGACCAUGAGAUGCUCUGAUUUAAAAAAAAAAAAUCAGUUUUGGCAGGGGAACAAUUUAUUUGGGGACUCAUCCAUGGGUGUUUGGCAGCAGAGUGACCACCUGCUUUCCAAGCCAGGUGCUUUCCCACACCCGGGGAAGCCUAGCAAACAGUAAACAGACAACACAUGGAAUUGCCCAAUGCAAAGAUCUAAGGAAGCUAGAAUACAGCCAACUAACUGGGUGGGGCUGCAGGGAAGCCACAUGACAGAGACAGGCAAAACCCUCACCAACCCUGUAGGGGAAUAUCAAUUUAAGAAACAGAAUUUGUGAUUAAAAAAAAAACCAUUUAACAAAAUAGAUAACGAGUUUUUCUAGGUGGGCCCUGCUUCCCAUUUUCUCCCCCGGCUCAGACUGCAGCUGCUGUACAGCCAGCCACCCCCCUGCACCUCUUCCCACUCCUCCUUCUCGUUUGCCUUGUCUUCACUUCCAUGGCGGACUGUAUUCCCUUGAACUGUGAACCGAAAUGAACAUUUUCCCCCUUAAACUGCUCCUUGUCAGGUGUUUUGGUCACAGACAAGAAAAGUAAAUAGUGCACCUGUGUCUGAGAGGUCCGGUGAAAAUGUCACAAGUUUGUUGCUCUCACAGAAACUCUUUUCAACAUAAUCCUGAGAGGGGAACGCCAUCAAAAAACUCCUUAACUCACAAGCUGCUUCCAUGGGAAGGUUUUCAAGGAGGGAGAAGAAAGAUUUGAGAGCCCGGGGAACUCUGCGUGGUUGUACUUCCUAUCAGGGAGUAGCUGUUUAUUCUGUCCAUGUGGUGGUUGAUCCUCACCAAAGCCAAAUCGAUGGAGGGAGCCCAGGAAAUGGCGCAAGCACUGCUGGGAACUGGAGAACGUGAGCCGGGGAAGAUGUUUCUGUGACCCAGUUUGACAUCCUUACGCUGUUCUAGGGAACCAGUUCUAGCUUCCUUCACCUCAGCAGAAGUAGGGCCUAGGUGGGUGAUAGCUCCAUAGCCAUCAAUGUGAAGAAGAAAAGCGCAGAGCAAAGCCCUGCUCUAUAGCCCGCCCCCAUAUGGUUCCCUGGAUCCCUAACCAGAACCUUGGGGAUUUCGUAUGCCCAGAAAAAAGCAUCUCAGUUGGUCACCAAAACGCACAGCUUCUUAGGAGUGGUACUUGACUUUGGUCUCAUACUCAUACUCUUGUAUUUUCAAAUACAGUCUAUGGGACUAUCAGGAUGGCUCAGCUGGCAAAGGAAACUGCUGACAACCUGAGUUUAAUCUCUAGAACACACAUGGUAGAAGGAGAGAUCAGCUCUUGCAAGUUGUCCUCUGACUUCCACAUUCUAAUACACACAUGCAUUCAUACAUCUAUGCACACACAUACAUAUAUGCAUGCAUACAUGAAUGUAAAACUACUUGAAAAGCAAAACCCGGGGCUGGGCAUUUACCUCAGUGGUAGAGCGCUUGCCUAGCUAGCGCAAGGCUCUGGGUUCGGUCCCCAGCUCCGAAAAAAAGAAAAAAAAAAAAGAAAGAAAGAAAAAAGAAAAAAAGGGAAAAGCAAAACCCACUGUGGCACCUCCAACUAUGUGGCUAACAACAACUCUAUUAGCAUCUUCUAGGACAUUGCUAGAAAUUUAGAAUAUUGGAUCCCACCUUAGACUUAGUGGACCUGCAUGUGUUUUUAAGCAGGUCCCCAGGUGAUUGGCAAGCCUGCUGAAGCUCUAAGUGAGCUGUCUUAGAAGAGCGGGAGAUCAGUUCAGUCCCCGCCUCCACCACUGACCCCACCCUCACCGUGGCCUUGGGUAUCGUGCUCAUCUUUCUCUAUGUUCAGCUCCUACUUUGCCGAGGGGAAGUGCCACUCCUGGCAUCUCCCGCACUGCAGUCCGCCAUGCGCUCUCGAAAGGAUGAGCUCUGAAAAAGCCUAACUUUUAUUUUUAUAUUCUACUGCGUGUAUUUUACAGCUCAGAGCCACGACUCUCCCGUUCCUGCCUCCCUUCUGCAUCCCAUUCACCAACUCAUCGGAACUUUGUUUUUAAUCAGGCCCAUCUCCUUCCUUCCAUCUACCAAUCUCUUAGAAUAUGCCAUCCAGGCGUGUCUGUUAUAUCCCUGAGUUCACCUUUUAGCCAGUCUAGAAAAGUGGCUCCAUCAUAAAUGCAGUCAUGAGUGACACUCUGUCAGUCUCUAGCUCUGAAGAAGUAGGGUCGUGAUAGCAAAGAUUCCAAGCCAACAAGGGAACAUUGUGCACUGUCUCUUAGUCUGUGAACCACUUUCACCCAGACAACUCUCCUCCUUUUCUAGAUAGAAAGGCAUAUGCCUUAUGGGGAAGGCAAUAGGGUAAGCAGGCAAGUAUAAUAAAUCUGACUACUGAUGGCGAAGGCCCUGGAACAUGCCAACUUAGAGCAAAAGGAGAAUGGGGCUGUAGUUGAGUGGAUGUGAAGUUCUUAGCUUUAAUGAAACCCUGGCUUUUAUCCCCUGCACUGCAAGAAGUGUAUUGCUUCCAAUUUGAGUCACAUGACAGAAAGAUGCCAUUGAAAAGUAUGUGUUCGACUCCUCCACUGUUGGUGGGAUUGCAGACUGGUACAACCAUUCUGGAAAUCAGUCUGGAGGUUCCUCAGAAAAUUGGACAUUGAACUGCCUGAGGAUCCAGCUAUACCUCUCUUGGGCAUAUACCCAAAAGAUGCCUCAACAUAUAAAAAAGACACGUGCUCCACUAUGUUCAUCGCAGCCUUAUUUAUAAUAGCCAGAAACUGGAAAGAACCCAGAUGCCCUUCAACAGAGGAAUGGAUACAGAAAAUGUGGUACAUCUACACAAUGGAAUAUUACUCAGCUAUCAAAAACAACGACUUUAUGAAAUUCGUAGGCAAAUGGUUGGAACUGGAAAAUAUCAUUCUGAGUGAGCUAACCCAAUCACAGAAAGACAUACAUGGUAUGCACUCAUUGAUAAGUGGCUAUUAGCCCAAAUGCUUGAAUUACCCUAGAUGCCUAGAACAAAUGAAACUCAAGACAGAUGAUCAAAAUGUGAAUGUUUCACGCCUUCUUUAAAAGGGGAACAAGAAUACCCUUGGCAGGGAAGAGAGAGGCAAAGAUUAAAACAGAGACUGAAGGAACACCCAUUCAGAGCCUGCCCCACAUGUGGCCCAUACAUAUACAGCCAUCCAAUUAGACAAGAUGGAUGAAGCAAAGAAGUGCAGACCGACAGGAGCCGGCUGUAGAUCGCUCCUGAGAGACACAGCCAGAAUACAGCAAAUACAGAGGCGAAUGCCAGCAGCAAACCACUGAACUGAGAAUAGAACCCCCAUUGAAGGAAUCAGAGAAAGAACUGGAAGAGCUUGAAGGGGCUUGAGACCCCAUAUGUACAACAAUGCCAAGCAACCAGAGCUUCCAGGGACUAAGCCACUACCUAAAGACUAUACAUGGACUGACCCUGGACUCUGACCCCAUAGGUAGCAAUGAAUAUCCUAGUAAGAGCACCAGUGGAAGGGGAAGCCCUGGGUCCUGCUAAGACUGAACCCCCAGUGAACUAGACUGUUCGGGGGAGGGCGGCAAUGGGGGGAGGGUUGGGAGGGGAAUACCCAUAAGGAAGGGGAGGGGGGAGGGGGAUGUUUGCCCGGAAACCGGAAAAGGGAAUAACACUCGAAAUGUAUAUAAGAAAUACUCAAGUUAAUAAAAAAAAGAAAAGAAAAGAAAGAAAAGUAUGUGUUCGGAGGGAAGAGUUCUCUAGUUUACAUAUAGUCAUAGUUAAGUCCCUGCCUUUUGAGGGUAGAGGGAUAUUUAAUAAUCAUAGAUAUUAUACAAGCAGACAUACUGACACUCAAUGAAUUAUUGUAGUCAUGCUGCCAUGUUCAUGGUUAAAAGUAACCCAGCUCCCAAACGUUGCCUUGUGCUCACCCCACUGUACCCCUUCCCAACACCUGUACCCCUUCCCAACACCUAACAGCACAGAUGCAUUCAACAUUACAAAUAGUUCUACAGAAAUGGACCCAUACUGUGUAUUCUUUUAUCUCUGGCCCCACUGACUUUAUUGUAUUUGUGAGAGUCCCCCAUAUCACGGGGAAUGAUGGUUUGUAUUUGUACAAGAAACUGUAUAUUCCUACAAAGGAUUGGUUUCAUCAUUGCUGCUUCUGAGUUAAUGGUGUAUUAGCAAAUGUCAACCUCUUUGCCAUCUACCCAUCCUCUUACUGAAUGCUGGUGUCCAGGCCACAUCCUCUUUCGUGGUCCCAGUACUGCGAGGCAGGCAGGCAGGGAUGUGGAAACCUCAGGAGUAACUGCUUCGUGACCAUGAGUUGGCUCUCCCAGUUCACCAUUACCCACUUGAAAAAGAAAAUCCCAUGUGGUGACAUGACAACACCUGUAAGAAUUCCCUCAAAUAAUCAAUACGAGGCGAGUAAGAGGAUUUAGCAUGCAUAUGAUCUUAAUGGGCCCGCAGUAUUUGGAGUUCUCUUCGUUCACCAAUUGGUGAUUUUACCCCUAGAUUAUAGUUAUAACCAUUUCACAAAACAUACCUGUACUGUUUUUCUUUACUGUCUAUGAGAGAGCAUGUGUACGCAUACAUGUGUUUGAUGGCGUGUCCAUGCCUUAGCACAUGUGUGGAGGUCAGAGGAUGACUUGUGGGACCUGGUUCUCUCCUUCCACCAUGUUGGCCUUGCCCUGACCCGAUGAGCCAUCUCACCUACCCCCAAUACUUAACUGAGGAGGCAGGGAACUGAAAGGUAAAAUCCAAAGUCAGUGCCCUCCACCACGCUGUCCCUCAGAGGUCUUUAUUAAUGCCAUCUGCAGUCACACGAAGGCCACUUCCUUGGACUCCUGUUUAUGCCUUCAGCCUCAUCUUGCCUCUCUUCCUCACACAGAAUCUUCCAGGUACAUUUUUCCUUCUUCCACUUCUUAGAACACAGAAAACAUUCUCUGUCACAAAAUGUUCUUGUUCCCUCUGCCUUGGAACACUUUCCUCACCAUUGGCUUGGCUGUCUCCUCAGGUUUCACCCUAAUUAUCACUAACAUGGAGUUCUUGGCCCACACUGUCAGGAUUAAUACAGCAUAUUGUCAUCUACCUUAGGAUCCUGCUGUUUCCUUUCUGGGGUUGUCCCCUAUCCUGCUUGCAUUGUUCUGGUGUCUUGGUUAUAUUCUUUCCCCUACAAUAUAAUAUGCUGUUAGUGUCACCCCAAAGCCUCCUGUCCACACCUGUACAUACAGAGCCUGGCAAUGUCAGGGUUAGGUUAACAUCUUUAAGGAAACCACAUGGAUCUCCAAGCCCUUGGCCUCCCACUCUCCAUCAUGGCCCCUGGUAUCUGCCGUUGCCUGAGCUAAACCUUCAGUGUGGUCUGCUUGUUUAUAAACCAUGUCUGGAAAGCACUGAGGUGUCGCUAUGAGCCCAGAGCUCAUUCUUAGACAAUCUUCAAUUGACUGGAAACUUGUACACCCUUUCAAUUAGCAGUAGACACUGUGACAAUACAGUCAGAAUCCCCCAAGAAGUCCUGCCGAAAACUGGCUUCAUGUGAUUAAAAUAAGCACGACUUAUUUGCAAAAGGUAUUUCUUUCUAAGCUCCACCUCCAUUUUUUAUUUUAUUUUUUAUUUUUUGUUUGUUUCCUGGUUUUUCAAAACAGGGAUUUUCUGUGUAGCCCUGGCUGUCCUGGAACCCAGGCUGACCUUGAACUCAGAGAUCCACCUCCCUCUGCCUCCUGAGUGCUGGGAUUAAAGGCGUGUACACCACCAUGCCCAACUCUACCUCUGUUCUUAUAAGACUAUCUUUUUUAUUGGAUAUUUUUCAUAAAUGUUUUAUUUUUAUUUAAUUUUUUCAUAUAAUAUAAUUGAUCACAUUCUCCCCCUCUGCUAACUUCUCCCAGACUCUCCCUACUUACCCGACUUCAUGCUUGCAAUUUUUCUCUCAAGCAAAACAAAAAACAAAAAGCCCACAAAAAAAAAAAAAAUGGAUUCCCUUUCAUGUUGAACAGCUGCUCUAGGCAUGAGGAGUGUGGUUGAUACAAAACUAUCUUUAUCGAGACAGACAACUGUUUUAUUAGAAAGUUAGAGGAAUGAACACGCCAGGGAUUAAAAGGUAGGAGACCUCCAGUCUGAUCCAGUUCUGACUAGGGACAGCUUGGUAAUGUACUGGUUCUGUUCCUUUCUGGUGGCUCCCCAGAUGGCAGGCUCAAACCCACACCUGUCUUUGGGACCAGCUGGUUGUGAGGAAGCCAGUUAAUUCAUUGCAGUCUUCCAGAGUGUGCCAAAGACAGUCAGAUGGUGUCUCCCAGGUGAGGGAGGCAGGGACAGGCUGGAGAAAGUGUGAGCUGUGAAAUCAGGAGUGCGCAGCGGGCUCCUACCAUUUCUUCCUGCCAUGCCGCCUUGGCAGAGCCGACAAAGGAAAGUGCUCCCAGAUGUUCCAGCCCUUCAUGCCACAGGAGCAGGUGGCUGCGCAAACCUCCAACCUGCCAAGAUCUGCUGGGCCCUGGGAACCGGAACAGGAGCCCUGAUGACCGCAGUUAGGAAUUGAGAAAGAUUCUGUAAGAGCUGGGGACCCAGAAAAUAAGGACAAGGAACCCUGGAAACAACACUCCACCAAUGCAUGAGUUUGUCAGUGGUUCCACAGAAAAUAAGUUAGCAGUUCCCAGAUUUUGAUGCCAUUCCACACUGAGCUAGUGGAACAUGGAGGCUAGUAUAUCAAUGCCUGGUAGAAAUCGAGUUUUCUGUAUGGAUACAGCCUGCUGCCACCAUGGUGAGCUAGAGAGACUUCCUACAGUCUCAGAUCAGCAGCAGCUGCCAAACUGCAUCCCUCAGAGCUGUGGUUUUUUUCAGCAUCUGGGGCAUUGUGAGCUGUCAUACUGUGAAGACUGCUGGUAUCUAGCCCAGGCCAGAAAUGUAGCCAAACAUCCUAAAAUUCACAGGGCCAUCCCAUAGUGCCUAUGCAAUCUGAGAUAUGGGUAGCAUUCAGCCUAUAAGACCCAGAAUGGAGUACCUGAGGGCAUGAAGACAGGCUUCCUAGGGUAGUAAUACCUUCUUUGCAAAGAAAUUCUUUUGAAUUGUACUUUUCUGGGGUGAGCCUGAAAGUCACCAGGGGAUCUUGUUCAAACAUAGAUUGGGAUUCUGCACUUCUGGUUAGAGUCUGGGAGGCUCCAGGAUAUGCCCCUGUCUACAGAUCCCAUCUUGAGGAUGACAGACUGUGUGUGUGCAUAACACCACCACCCCUUUUCCCUUUAUCGUCAUCCCUUCCCCCAGCCUGCCCUGUCGCACUCAUUUUGAACCAUCCCAGGGCCUGUCAUCAAAAACCAUAUGGUGGUAUUUAAACUCCACUGCCUAGAUGACAGUUUCUCAGCAGCUGUUGCCUGUUUGAAGUUCAGGGUGUUGAUGAAAUCAAUGGACUCAGUAGGAAAAAAGGAUCCUAAGGGACCUGAUCAAACUGCACUUGCAUGCACACAUGCACACACACACACACACACACACACACACACACACACACACCAAACAAUCUUGAACUUCAAGACCUUUCUCACAUGGUCUGAGACAUACUGAUGCAAGCGGAUUGCUAUAACAGUCAUUUCUAUAGAGAACCAAAAAGUAAAUAUUUUUGGCUUCACAGGUCAUAAUAGACUUUAUCAACUGUAACGAACAAUUGGAUUCUGGGAAAGAGUCCUAGGUAACAGGCAAAAAAGUAAGUGUGAUUGUAUUCUAAUAAAAUUGUACUCACAAAAACAAGCAGGGAGAUGAAUUGGGGGCCCAAAGUUUGCAAACUCUUAUUCUAAGUAUUUUAAUUUUUUUUUCAUGUCGCCAGUUCUUGCAUGUAGUCUGUGAAUUGUUAUCAUAAGAAAUAAUUCCUCUUUCUUCAUCAGCAGAGACAAAAAUAAUGUGGGAAAAUCUUGUUGAAAGGGAGCUAAAUCAUCGUUUUGAGAAGCAAAUGUCUAGAGGACAAAGCAGAGCAGAUUCCGCUUCUUCUCCUCACAGCAAUGUGAAAUGUGAGCGUGUCUUUUAAGCUGGCACAAUCAUAAUUCUCUGUCUUCUCAUGCUAGUUCUUCUUUUCAGGGAGUAGGACAAGACAGGGAGAUAAAUAAGGAACAGAACAUUGUGCCCACGGGCUGCCUUUAAAUUUGAGUCUGUUUUCUUCUUAAGCGUGCAUCUUCUGCCUCUAAGCCAUGUGGGGGAGGGGAACACAGCAAAGACUGCAUUUCUCUGCCAACCAACUGUGGUCAUUCCUUGAAGCAUUGAUUUUUCCACCACGGCCCGUUUCUGUGAACGCCUUGCCUCCUCUUCAUAGCGGGUGAGGAUGUUACCCACAUGAAAAUGCUGGUGUCGCUUACAGAAUCCUGGCUGCACCAAUGAAUCACAGAGACGCACGAGCUAAAUUCCGUCCUGAUCCCUUUUGCCAGAGUGAGGCCUGAGGGUGCUGAAAGGACCCCACUUGUGGCCCUGUGUGGCACAGGGCGUACCUUCAGCCACAGCUCUGCAGAGAAGGUAAAUCAAAGCCGUUCACCUGGCCGUCCCCGUCACAUACCUCUCACAGAGCCUCUAUGAUCUGAAGAGGAACACCCUGUCUACUGAUAAAACUGAGUUUUACCUGAAGGGAAAAGGCCUGGCAGCUUUGUCUUAGUGAUGAGUGGGUUCUCUAGCCAGGUCCCCUAGCACAACGCCAUCAUGCCAGUUUUAAAUGUGAGGCCGGACUUUUGUAGCCAGUAUUUUCUACAGAAUGUAUCUCUUGUCCUAUAUAUGUGCUCAUAUAUAGGUGCAUAUGCAUACAUAUAUAGAAACACAUAUAUACACAUAUGCAAACAAAUAUACACAUACACACACUUAUGCACACACACAUACACACACACCACACAUACACCAGUGUUCUAGAGGCAAGAAAAUUACAUGUGUUUCGGGAAAGUGGAGGGACAUUUGAGGAACCUUAUUGUUUGAUCCAAUCAUACCGAUUCUCCAUAUUUUAAUAAUGAAUCUUUCUACACAGCAUAACUGAAUGUCAGCAGUGUCAAGAAGAAUUCCUAGGCAUCACUGGAAAGUCAAAUUAUUCUGAGCAGUUGCUGAUAGUCUAGUGAACAUUAAACCAUGUCAGGCAGAGCAUGGGUUGUAGGCCAUAGAUUUAUUCAUUCACACAAAUCCACAGUUAACCAGUGUUUGUUUUUAUUUGUUUGUUUGUUUUUAUGGGUGUCAAUUGGAGGGGAGGGGAGGCAUGAUUUCUUUCCUUGGGGACUCUCAGGCCUUGCUUUUUUCCUUGUAUCCCAUCCUGGAUGCCAGGUGAGGUGAGACAGCUAACACAAUAAUAUUCCCACCCUUUUGGGGCUUAGCCUCACCAGAAGGAUUGAAAAAACAAAACCUCAUGGAAGUCUUAAUGCUACGAUAUUAAUACGAAGAAGAAAGUUCUUUCUUCCCCCUCUGAGCAUUACUGCCAUUUUCGUACCCAGAUAUUAUCACUGUGCCCCUUUUAAUUAAGCUCACAGGGUUUUAAACGUCACCCAGCCAGGAGGUAGCUGUCUUACUCUGCAUAGUUCGAAAAGGGGGAAAUGUUUCCCAAUGGGAAUAUGAGCUCUGAGGAUAUAUUUCUAUGCCAGGGACCUGAGAACUGCUAACUUAAACCAACCUUCAGAGCUAGGAUCAAUAAGACAAACAUUUCCACAGUUCAAGGAGCUAAUUAUAAAUCCUAUCUGCCUCAACUUUCAAAUCAGGAGCGCCCUAAUGCCAAGCUGCACAGUGGUUUGCCAGAGACACAAGACCGAUAAGCUUGAUUGCAGUGUUUUGUUCCUGGUGUUUCCAAUCUUACACAUUGGAAUUGCAUCCCUGGCCCACACCAGGUCAAAGGUGAUCACUUUACCAGAGCCGGGGGCUGCUAGGGGUUCAUUUGCUUUUAUUCUGAGCAUGGGUAUUGAGUACCCACGGGGUUCUUGAUCCUGCGAGUUCUAUGAGGAUACAGAGCACAGGAUUGCUGCUCCCCUGCAGAGCCAUUUCAGCUAUAACUUAACACACAGACUCUGAAAAGACUGCAAUAGGGUGGGCAGCUUAAGUAAAAAUCAAGUGAAGGGGUUGGGGAUUUAGCUCAGCGGUAGAGCGCUUGCCUAGCAAGCGCAAGGCCCUGGGUUCAGUCCCCAGCUCCGAAAAAAAGAAAAGAAAAAAAAAAUCAGGUGAAAAGGUAGUUAGCUGGUCAUGGGGCAAAACUACCUUUUAAGGGGUGAUCCGCCAAUGCUGGGGAAUUGCCAUCUUGUGCAGACUUGAACAAGCAGAAGUCAGCCAUGCAAAGGACAAAGAUUCUCCAGAGAGUAAGUGAGCACGCUGGUGUGUGGAAGGAGGAAGCAGUCUGCAGUCGCAGCCGAGGUAGGGUCAGCAAGAAGCAUUGACUUAAUGAAGAUGUGUAUAGAGAGGUUAGGAGCUUGCAAAGCUGGGCCCUGAAGUUUGCAUUAAAACUCUGGAUUUGCCAAUAAAGAAAUUAGCUACAGAACCACCCUCUUUGGAAACAAGUACACAGGCAGGCAUUGCUCAUCUUCGAGCUGCCCUUGCAUGCAAGAAGACCCUACAGGAAAAUGUGGGCUGAUGAGUCACAGCGAGCUUCUCUCAAGAGCAGCAGGCUAAGCGAGUGAUCUCAUGUCACGUCCCUCAGCACCGUGAAUUCUGUCUGACAGGAUUACUAAUGGACAUGGAUAACUUCUUCUCUUGGCAGAGUACCUCUCAUGGGAACGGUGGGGGGCAGAGAGGACGACACACACUCACCCACAGAUCACCUUGGACUGUGAGCUUCAAGAAGUACAACCCAAGAGGCUCCCCUUCCCCAUGUCUAGGACAGAAUAGAAGCCACCGCUUUUACCUCAGCGUGGAACUAAGAACCAGUCCACGUGUGUCAUAGAAAUGUUUUACUGCCAGACUGGCUGGGGCGAAGCCUUCAUGAGAAUUUGUGGUAUUGUCUAGGUUGUUGAAGCUGACCUUCUUUCCACUAAAUAGCUUGCAUAGAGAGUCCUGUAAAGAUAAUGGCGCCCUCUGGGUAACUUUUGGAGGAUUCUCUUGUCUUCCUUGGGAGAAGUCAUCUGCAUCUGUUCAGAGCUUAUCCAUCCUCUGAGCAUGACAGGUUCCUCUCUCCAGCGUCAGCUAGACAGGGCUCUGAAAGUGACGAAAUGGUUGUAGGUCAGCUUUUGUGAUUUAUAUACCAGGGAGAAGCAGCAAAAAAAGCAGGCACUGGAGCCCAGCUCCUCUUGCACUGACAGUAAUUAAAUCGUUUAAGAAUUUACUGGAGAGUAUGACACAGAACAUGGUUGGUGCUCCAUAUGAGUCCCAUACCUGUGUGUCCAGCCAGCGCCCAGUAGGAAAUCCAGUUAGGAUUCAUACGGAUCAUGUCUGCAUCCGUAUGAAACCAGGGACAGCCUGUUAUCUUGUUCCCUACCCAGUACAGUGUGGCAGCUCCUUACAUUGAAUUCACAUUGUAUUUGGGGUCGUACAUACUGUAGAGGGGUUCUAAGUAUAUCCUACAUCCCAUUACAUAGACUCUUGAGCAGCUGUGAUAUCUAAGGAGGUCCUAUAACCAGUCUCUUCGUGGAUAUAGAGAGACCUCUGAAGUUUCUCUGUAGGUAUGUCCAAGAUUAAAAUUUGACUUUUCACGAAGGUUCCUUGAGUUUUUUUUUUUAUACUGCUUCAUUGAGGUACGUUUUACAUGAAAUGAAGCAAACGUAUAUUCAAAUUAUGCCACCUGGAUUUUUGCACCUGUAGAUCUUCUUAUAAACUCCACCCAGGUCUAGUUAGAUGACAACCCCAGUGUUUGUGUGCUUCCUUCCCUUGAUUCCCUUCGCCAUAAGCAGCCUUAGCUUAGCCUUAAAUAAUGUAAAUGGCAGUCGUGCAUCACACACUGUGCCCGCAGUACACUGUUUAACUAAAUUCGCCUAUUGCUAACAUUUUGCUACCUUUCUUUUGAUCUCGUUUCAGGGGAGGGCGGUUUAGAGCUAUCCGAGCAUAACUUAAACCUUAGCUC